UAAAUACUGUCUUUUAUUUGCAGUUAUAAUGGGUGUCUAGAGAUCAUGCUGAACCUCAUUUCAGAGAAACCUGAUCGCUAUAUGAUAAUUGUUGCCACUCACAAUGAAGAAUCAGUCAGACGGGCAGUGACACGCAUGGAAGAGUUGGGGCUUCACAGAGACGGCAACUCUGUCUGUUUUGGUCAGCUGAUGGGCAUGUGUGACCAUGUAUCUCUAACUCUAGCCCAGCACGGUUUCUCAGUGUAUAAGUCAGUGCCGUACGGCUCAGUGGACGAUACGCUGCCAUAUCUGGUGCGAAGGGCUCAGGAGAACCGCACUGUGCUCCAGGGAAUCCGUAAGGAAAGAGAUCUGCUCAGACAGGAGCUGCGCCAUAGACUCAAAGAAAAGAUUACAAGGGCCAGAUAGAAAAUCCUUCUAGUGAACGUUGAGGAUGAUUUAGGAUUAAAAUGAACAUGAAGUCAAAAUUAGCCUUUUCUUAAUGCAUGUUCCU